GCAGGCGGCAGGGCGGCCAGUUCAAGUUGCCAUAGCGGCGGCGUGGGGAGGUGUGUGAGGCUGCGGGGCGCGCCCGGCGGAGGGAGGCGGCCCCUUCCCGCUGCGGUUUCAAGAUACUAAUGGCAGAUUCAUCCAGUGAUUCAGACAGCUUUCUUAGGGGUCGAAUAGGAAGGCGGCCACCUUUGAGAGCAUCCCACAACAGAGCUUGGAACUAUGGUGCUGAAGAAGUUACAGAGAAAAUCCAUACUUUAGCAAGCACUUUACAGGAUACGAAUAGAAAUCUAAGACAUGUUGACCAUUUACUAGGACAAUAUAGAGAAUACAGCAAGGAACAAACUGAAGCAAUAGCAACUUUAAAAGACACAAUGGAAGAGUCUAUAGGUCUGUUAAGGAGACAACGAUUAACCCGAAACUCUGGAAUGAGAAGUGCUUCUCUCUCAAGCUUAUACCCUAGUGAUCUGGAUGGAGAAGGAGUGUCAGGGAACCGCCACUUCUUGCCUACUUCUCCUCUCAGGGAUUAUGGAGACUCGCAGGGCAAUAAACAUCGAAGGCCUAGAUCUGCAAGUGUUCGAUUUGUCAAUGAGGCGGAUAAUUUGGACCAGCUGCAUUCAUUCCACCAGUCUCUUCGAGAUCUUGGUAGUGAACAAAUUCGCCUAGGAGAUGACAUCAGUCGGGAGCUUUCAAGAAGAAAUCGGACUGAUGCUGAAUUAAGAAAGACUCUAGAAGAACUGUCUGAAAAGCUCACUGGGUCCCAAAAACAAGAAACGGUAUCAGAACGAGUAGAGAGAAGACUUCAGGAGAUAGAACAAGAAAUGCGUGCUGAAAGACAGCUUGUAGAAAGGCGCCAGGACCAACUGGGACAAAUGUCUCUUCAAUUACAAGAGGCUUUAAGGAAGCAAGAUGCUAAAGCAGAUGAAACAGAAGAACUCAUGAAAAAUAAACUUAUGAAGUAUGAAAGAGAAAAGAACCAACUUGAGCAGGAAUUGGAGCAGUCCCAGAAAAAGUUGAAUGAAUCGGAAGGCAGUAGGGAAGCUCUUUUGCAUCAGGUUGAGGAUCUUCGUUCUCAACUUUUGAGAGCAGAACAAGACCGUGUAGAGUUGCAACAUCAAAUUUCACAUGUUGCUAUGCCCUGCCAGACCUACCAAGAUGUACAAGAUGUUGACAGGAGAAUUAGAACAGUAGCUGAAAGAUAUGAGAGAGAGAAGCAAGAACUGGAGAAACAUGUUUCGGAACUUAAAGCAAAGUUGAGUCAUAAUGUUGUAAUGUCAGAGGUAGAAGAACUGAAAAGAUGCGUAGAACGUAAGGACAAGGAGAAAGCACAGCUUCUAAUGCAUAUACAGGUGUUAACAUCUGACCUGGAAAACAGGGAGAAGCAGCAGGAAAAAAUGCUGGACCAGCUAAAGGAGAUGCAGAGUUGCUACAAGGCUAGUGAGAAUGGACGUAGACAAACUGAACUUCACUCUGCUGAGUUAGCUCAACAGAUUGAAGACAGUACAAAGGAAGCAGAACGGUACCUCACUGAAUUCAAGCAUUCAGAGGCACUCAGGCUGGAGAUUGAGAAAAAAAGAGAAGAUUUGAAGGUGAGAGCACAAGAAACUAUCCGCCAAUGGAAGUUGAAAUGUAAGAAACUGGAUCGUGAGUUGGAAAAACAAAAUGAAACUAUCAGCCAGCUGAUGGACAAGAACAGUCAGGCCCUUAAAGAAAAGGAUAACCUCAGAAGUCAACUUCUCUCUGCUGUACACCAAAUAGAAAACCUUCGGAAAGAGCUGAGUGAGGUGCUUACAAAGAGGGCCCAACAGGAAGAACUUCUCCACUGCAAAGAUGUGAAACUGAAUGAAAUGAAGUCUCACCAGGUAUCUCUUGAAGAAGAGCUCAAAGACAUCCAGGGUACUGUAAAUAAAUUGGACGAUGAGUUGAAAAAGCAAGUCUUUCUACAAAAUCAAGUUCAAGCUGAAAAGGAACACUUGGAGACAGAACUUGCAACUAGUAGCUUGAUCCAUAAAAAAGACCAAGAAAGACUCAUAGAAAUGCAAGCAGAUGUAAAAAACUUGAGCUCUGUACGUGUGGAACUAACAAACAGAAUAGCAGAAGAGGAAAAAGUAAAAAAUGAAUUACGUAAGAGACUCUCAGAUCUCCAGGAACAACAGGAAUCUAAGCAUGAAGAGAUGACUUCUGCUAACAGGAAGCUGAAGAUGGAAAGGGAAGUUCACCAACAGGAGCUGACAGAUCUCAGAUCCGAGUUACAAAAUGUUAAAAUCAAACAUGAACAAAAUAUUCAAGAGCUUAAUAAACUCCUUAAACAAGAAAAGGAUGAUGCGGAGGCUCAGAUUAGAAUGCUAAAGAUGGAACUUGUAGAAGAGAAAAACAUAGUAAAGACCCAGCGUCGACAACUGGAGAAGAUAAAAAUUGAGUGUGAUAAGUUGACAGAAGAAUUAACCCAGAAUGAAGAAGAAAAUAUAAAACUCAGACGGAAAUGUGAGUUUUUAAAACAAGAACUGGAGAAAAAGGAUAAACAUAUCAGCAAUGAAGAUCAUUUGAGAAGGAUGGAUGAGGCCAGACUGCAGUUUAAGGAUCAGUUGCAUCACUUAGAAAUGGAACAGGAAUCCAUUCUCACCAUGAUAGGAAGUGAAAUUGAUGCUGCUUGUGAAAUUUUUGCUCGGGACUCCAUGGAGAAAUUCAAAGCAGUAUCACUGACACCGACAGUGUUGAAUGAUCCUCAUCGCUGGUUAGCAGAAACAAAGACUAAGCUUCAGUGGCUAUGUGAGGAGGUAAAGGAGAGAGACAGUAAAGAAAAAAAGUUGCGACGCUGCUUACUUCAGAGCCGGGAACAGCUCAAGCACUUAACACAAACGAAGGAGGCUGAACAUCGGUCUCUCUUUAAACAGAUAAAAAACCAAGAAAAACUUCUGGAGGAAGUUCACAGAGAAAGAAGAGAGCUACUAGAGAAGACCCUCAGAAGAGAGGAAGAAAUGGGAACUCUCCAGGAACGUAUGAUGGCCUUAGAAGUGAGUACUCGAGUAGCUUUAGAUCAUCUGGAGUCUGUUCCUGAGAAACUGAGCCUGUUAGAAGAUUUAAAAGAUACUAGAGAGUCCCAUAGUCAAAGGGAGAUGAUUGAAGAAAGGUAUACAAAGUAUAAAGAAAUAGUGAGUUCUCUACAGAAACAGCUGGAAGAUUCAAAACAAAGAGUCCAACAAUUCAAGGAUGUGAAAAUGGAUGCUGAAAUUUCUAAUAUAGAAGUGGCUGCUCCCUCUUACAGCUGGCAAACUCAAAACAGCUUUUUGUCCAGCUCACUGCUCUCAGAUUCAAAUUCACUUCGGAGAAGAAUCGUUCCUUUUGAUACAAGUGCCAUUGAGGAAGAUUCCAUUAAUAUUGCUGUCAGUGAAAUGAAGCAGCAAGCAGAAAGAGGGAACCAGUAGAACAUUUUAGAAAAGCACACCACCUUUCUCUGUGGUAAAUUCUGUUGCACUCUUUUUUGGAUUUGAACAGUAGUAAUUCUAUCUGCUAUAGGAGCGAUGCACCCUUAAUGAUUCAGCUGUUGCCAAACACUUAAAUGGAAGAGCACCAAGAGUGAGUCUAAUGUACUCUUGUGAUAAUUUAUGUAAUUUAGUUUUCUAGGUUGUUUGCUCUUCUCUUGUAUUUGUUUCUACAGUACUCCUAAACUAAACGUAUUGUAUUCCUGAAAUUUUAUGAAAUGAAAGAUCUGUGAUAUUAAUCUUUGCUAUGAGGUUAUUUAUCCCUGUACAGAACUACUUCUGACAUUUGUUUUUUAUCAAUUUUCAUAACAUUAUUAAUAAUGAAAAAAUGUUCAAAAAUUACCUUUGUCCUAAUAUUUAUUUAUGAGAGUCAUUAUAUAGUGUUGUGCAGACACAUUUGUGAUUUUUAGUUUUUUCAGUUUGCAACAGUCAUUAAAGAAAGAAGUGACAAAUAUUACACAAAACCGAUUUUCCUCAAAAUUAAUGGAAAUAUAUGCCGUGGUUUCAGGUGCAGCAUAUAUCUGUUAUAAGCUGUUUAGAAUUAUAAUUCUGACCAGAACAGUUUUGUGAGAUGACCUCUGGUAAAGCAUUUAAGAGCACCUAAAUCUCAAUCAUUUGUAAUAAGCAUGUGGAAGGGCUGCUACGUGGCUGUGAAAAUUUUAAUAGCAAGGUUUAAUGAUAAUUUAUUUGUUUUGUUUUGUUCUCUAUUAGAAGUGUCAUAUUGAUUUAAAAAUGUUACAGAAAUACAGUAUUGCACAUUUGUAUUUCUUCAGAUAUCUCUAUUCUAAACAAAUUGGAUACAAUUCUGUUAUUGUGGUCUCAAACAGCACUUCACAGCAGAAUUGUCUGCUGUCAAAAGAAAUGCAAGUAUUUCUGAUGGUCCCCCCUCUAGUGCUUCUUGCUGAAUCGCUGCUCCUGUGCCUUAAAAAAUUUUCCAGAUCUGUUAGAGUACUGUUGCAACAUGAACACCAUUGAAACCAUUUUAGUUUGUUGGCUUCUUUCAUAUUUAAGAAGGCUACUUCUUCUCUGAAACAGUCUUGUUUUAGCAUGUAGGUGUCUCAGACAUAAUUUGCAGGCUCUAUGUGCCACCUGAAACCAUAUUUUUUUUUUUUGUCUCAAUUUUCUGAAGUGUUCUGCAGUCCUGGUGGGUUCUCUGGACAGUAUGCUUGAAAAUUGCCU